UGCUGAGCGCUCCGGACGAGGCCCCCCCGGAGCUGGUUCUGAGCGCGGCGGAGGGCGCGGGGCCCGGGCGGGCGCAGCUGGAGCUGAGGCGCGGGCGGCCUUCCUGCGCUUCAUGGCCUGUGCCCUGCGCGGGUACCGCUCCUUCCUGCGGCCCAUCGCGCCCGCCCCCGCGCCCGCCGAGCGCGACGCCGCCAGCCUCUUCGCCCUGCAGGGGUUCCUGCGCUCCCGUGAGCGGCAGUACCAGCGUUUCUACGGGCAGCUGCUCAGGACGCAGCUCUUCACCCAGUUCAUCGAGGACUGCUCCUUCGCCAGCGACCGCGAGCCCUGCCUCGAGUUCUUCGACACCUGCGUCGACAAGUGUGCCACCACCCCCCUGCCUCCGAGUUCUUCGACACCUCGUGCGACAAG